AUGGGUGCCUAUUACGAUAGUCUUUUAUCACCUUCCAUCUUAACCACAACACGUAGUCAUUCUAUUAAACGCAAUAGACGGCCUUCCACUUAUUCAAGAUGGACAAAUGAAGAAGAUGAAUUACUUCGACAAGCAGUACAAUCCUACGGUCCUCAUAAAUGGGCCCUUAUUGCUUCUCAUGUACCUAAUCGAACACCGAUGCAAUGCUCAACGAGAUGGCUAGGUGCCCUCAACCCAAAUAUUCAUAAAGGUCGUUGGACAGAAAAUGAAGAUGCAGUUUUAAGGUAUUCGGUAUUAGAAUAUGCAAAUAGAACAGAUGCAGAAGGACGAACACAACCUAUUCCUUGGAAUAAAAUAGCGGAACGUAUAUCAAAUCGAACAGGUAUUCAAUGCCAAGCUAGAUGGACGGAGGCAUUAGAUCCUUAUGUUAGAAAGGGUAAAUGGGGUGCAGAUGAAGAUUCUUUAUUAGUUUUGGGCGUUAAAGAAUUUGGAAGAUGUUGGAUUAGAAUAGCAGAAACUAUACCAGGCCGAACACAAAGACAAUGUCGUACUCGUUGGAUGCAACUUAAAUACAAAGAAGACCGUCAACAUCAAAAGUAUGAAAUUGAUGAAAAAAUAAAUACUACAAAGGAGUCUUCUGUAUCACCAACUACAGAAGAUACUUCCUCACAACAAAGUUAUAAUACUUCUGAUGAGGAGGAGGAAGAGGUUGAUAUGAAGCAAUCACAGAAACACACACAACAGCAACCACAACUCACGCCUACGCCAACACCUAAUUUUUUCACUGCUGACGAUUUUAAUUCUCAACUAUCCCAACAACAACAUGCUAUGAUGAUGUUGAUGCUCGAUGACAAUAAUAAUAAUAAUAACACUAAUAUGAAUCAAACGUUAAUGUCAAAUAACAAUGGUAAUAAUGGUAUGAUAGAUUUUCUAAAAGAAGAUGAGUUAUUUUUAGCUACAGAUUGGAAUACCUCUUUACAUCAACAAACCAUUACACACAACACUAAUUUUUAUUUAUAA